GCCAUCGAUUCCGCCUCGGUCCAUCAUCUUCACUCCGGUCAAGUCAUCCUAGACCUUCAAGGAUGUCUGAAAGAGCUCCUUGAGAACGCUCUUGAUUCCGGCGCUAAUCAAGUCGAGGUGCGAAUUCGCGAUCAUGGUCUGGAAGGUAUAGAGGUGUCGGAUAAUGGGAGUGGGAUCAAAGAGGAUGAUUGGGAGUUUAUAGCAUUGAAACACCAUACGUCAAAAUUACCCGACCUCGCUUCAUUGCCCCUGGUGGAGACAUUUGGGUUCCGAGGAGAAGCUUUGUCGGCGUUAUGUGCGCUGAGCGAGAGCAUGACAGUCGUCACGGCGACGAAGGAGACCGCACCAAUGGGAGCUAUAAUCAAAUUAGGGAGAGAUGGCAAAGUACUCGAUUCGACUGGAAGAGUGGCUAGACCUAGAGGGACCACAGUGACUAUAACAGGAUUAUUCACCCCUCUCCCAGUGCGAAGAAAAGAGUUUGAGCGAACUUCUAAAAGAGAAUUCUCCAAAGCUCUGUCACUCCUUACUGCCUACGCUCUGGUCCCAUCCGUUGGUCGAGAUGGGAAAGGGAUUAGAAUCAAAGUUGAAUCCCUCCCUUCUGGAAAAUCUGGCAAACGAUCCACUUUACUUUCUACUGACGGUCGAGGCAGUCUUCGUUCUUCCGUCAUAAAUAUAUGGGGUCCUAAAGCUCUCGAAGGGGUAUUGGACAUACAUCUAGAAGUCGAGGUCUCAAAUGAUCGACCGAAUUUGAAGCGACAAGGGGCACAAGAAAUGUCACAUAUCGUGAAAGUAGAUGGUUUGAUAUCGACUGCCGCUUGGGGUCAAGGACGUUCCUCUCCUGACAGACAAUACUUCUACGUCAAUGGUCGACCGUGCGACCUGUCUAAGGUCGGAAGAGCUAUCAACGAAGUUUAUAAAUCUUUUAAUACGCAUCAAGUCCCGUUGGCCAUCCUGGACUUCACCCUUCCACCUAUGACUGUCGAUAUCAACGUCUCGCCUGACAAGAGGACCGUCUUCUUGCAUUCGGAGAUGCAGUUGGUAGAAGCUCUUCGUGUGAAAGGUGGAGAAGUCGUACCUUCUCUAAUGCCCAGAAAUCCGAGGACGAGAUCAAGUCAGGAUCAUUCACUCACGCCCUUCACACUGAACGAAGACGAGGAAGGCGAACCUGAAUUAUCUCAACCUCCCCCAAAACGAUCCCGAGUCCAGCUUAUAGAUAACACGACGCACAACUCUCGCAAACCUUCAACUGUAACACAGACUCUUCGGACCAGUACGGCCAUCUGGUCACCGGAACGAAAGGCCAAGUCCUCGCAAUCUCAAAAUUCUGACACUGGUUCAAAGGGACUUCGCAGCGCUCGCGCAGAAUUUCGAGACCAUCUGAAGGCGUAUGCUAGUCAGGGAGUGACAAGAGACGAGGGAACGGACAGUGAAGACGGAGAGGAGGAGGUGGUGGUAAUUCAGCCAACAAGUUUGUCCUUGGAUACAGGCGAAGAUGAAGACGAAGAGUCCGUGGAUGAGAGAUCAGAGAAGCCGAUUCUGGAAGGAGUCGGCAUCGACGAGGCGUCAGAGGACGUCAGUAUGGACUCGGACAUGGAUGAGGAGCAGUCGGGGUCGGUGUUGAAACCAAAGGCAAAAUCUCGUCGUCUCGACGAGCCUAUCUUCGAAGACGAGGGAUCAGAUCAGCUCGAUGACAAGGAUUUUGACGACGAACACACUGCCACUGCAGAUACUCCCCUCUCUCGUGACCAUCCACGACCAUCAGCAUUUCUCGACUCAUCAUCCAUUCCCAUCCGGCCUCCUCCCCUUCAACAUGGUUCAACUCCCUAUCGGUCUGAAAUUCAAUCGACCAUCUCUUCCGGGGAAUUGUCCCUUUCUUUUAACUAUAAACGUCUUCAAAGUCGUUAUCCUUCCCGUCGCACUUCCCUACCUAUUUCCUCUGCAUCUCGAGACGUUCAUUCGGCUUUGAGACAAGGCGGUGUCACUUCCGCAGCUGGGAUCAAUAACCAUGAUGCCUCGUCCGCAGAAGCGGCGUUGAGUAGAGUCAUUUCCAAAGUCGAUUUCGAGGAUAUGGAAGUGCUCGGUCAAUUCAACAAAGGAUUUAUCAUUGCUCGUCUGCGUCGGAAUGAGUCUGAUGAUUUGUUCAUCAUUGACCAACAUGCUAGUGAUGAGAAAUACAAUUUUGAGACAUUACAGCGGACGACGAUUAUCAAAGCUCAAAAGUUGAUCAAACCUCGGUCUUUGCAAUUGACAGCAGGCGACGAGAUCACCGCCAUGGAACAUCUAGAUGUGUUGCGGAAUAACGGAUUCGAGGUGAAGAUCGUAGAGGAUGCCCCACCUGGAAGAGGAGAGAGGGUUCUAUUGAGCGCUAUGCCAGUAAGCAAGGAGACGACUUUUGAUGUGAAAGAUCUUGAACAAUUGUUACAUCUCUUAUCUGAGGGUGGUGGUCCUAAAUCUCGGUGUUCCAAAGCAAGAGCGAUGUUUGCCAUGCGUGCAUGCAGGAAGAGUGUUAUGAUUGGUAAAGCUCUCACUAAAGCUCAAAUGACCACGUUGUUGAGAAAUAUGGGAACUAUAGAUCAACCAUGGAAUUGUCCUCACGGGAGACCAACAAUGAGACAUUUGGUAAACUUAGAACAACACAAAUCUCGGAUGGGUUCAAGUAGAAUAGAUUGGGUCAAAUGGGCCGCGUCGCAAUAG